UUAACCGUGAAUCCGUGAUUGCUGACUAUAGACUGUAUGUCUACGACACCGAACACCAGGGUCUUACUGAAACAAAUAUGUCCACUAAUUGUGGUAAUCACGGUAAUAAUCAAGUAACUCGGGAGGGAACACAAACUACAGAGAGACGGAGACCUAACGAAUGCGAUGUUUGUAAGAAAAGGUUUUACCUACCCAGGCACUUAGAAAAUCAUAAGAAAAUACACAGCGAAGAAAAGCCUUAUGAAUGUGAUGUUUGUGACAAAACAUUUCGACAACCAUACGCCUUAGUAAUCCAUGGAAGAACCCACACCGGGGAGAAACCAUAUCAAUGUGAUAUUUGUGACAAGAAAUUUGCACAAUCUGGCCACCUUGCACUCCAUAAAAUGACUCAUACUGGAGAGAAACCAUAUGAAUGUGAUGUUUGUAAGAAAAGGUUUUACCUGCCCGGGUACUUGGCAAAUCAUAAGAAAGUACACAGCGAAGAAAAGCCUCAUAAAUGUGAUGUUUGUAACAAAACAUUUCGACAUUCAUGCGCCUUGAAAAUCCAUAAAAGAAAUCACACUGGAGAGAAACCUUAUCAAUGCGAUAUUUGUAACAAGAAAUUUCCACAAUCUUGCAACCUUGUAGUCCAUAAAAGGACUCAUACUGGAGAGAAACCAUAUGAAUGUGAUGUUUGUAGCAUGAGAUUUGCACAAUCUGGAAACCUUGAACAUCAUAAAAGAACACAUACUGGAGAGAAACCAUAUGAAUGUGAUGUUUGUAGCAUGAGAUUUGCACAAACUGGAAACCUUGAACAUCAUAAAAGAACACAUACUGGAGAGAAACCAUAUAAAUGUGAUGUUUGUAGCAUGAGAUUUUCAUACACUGGAACCCUUGAACAUCAUAAAAGAACACAUACUGGAGAGAAACCAUAUGAAUGUGAUGUUUGUAGGAAGACAUUUCCCAGUUCGACAGCAUUACGGCGCCAUAAAAGAACACAUUCUAGUGAUUCUAGUGAUGGACCUUAUAAAUGUGAAGUAUGUGAGAAAGGUUUUGCUACCCUAUAUAGCCAUGAAGUGCAUAAAAGAACACACACAGGGGAAAAACCUUACAAGUGUAACAUCUGUGCUAAGAAAUUUAUAUGCUCUGAGGAUUUUACAAGACACAUGAACAUCCACAAAAAAAAGCACCUGCUAUGCGACAGUUGCAGCAAGGUGAUGGUACAACCACAAGAUUUGCUGGAACAUUUUGUAAAAGAUGAAAGUACUGGAAAGGUUAUUUGUAAUUAUUGUAAACAAGAACAUCAAAAUUUCAGGCAAUUGGUGAGACAUAUUGCAAAGGAGCAUGGCAAGGAUAGAAAAUAUCAAUGUGGUCGUUGUAAAGAACUUGAUUCAACAGAACCAACUGGUGUUGGAUAUAUUUGUUAUGUGUGUGAUGCUGUGUUUGAUGUUGCCAAGGAUCUUGAGGAUCACAUGCUUGCACAUGCAGUUGUGUUUUCUUUGUGCAUUGUUAUAUCCACUUCUCACUUCUGUACGUGUUCUUAUAUAAUCUCGACUUUACUUCAGCUUCGCGCCUUUGCAAAAUCUUCAAUUUUUGUCGAGAUUUCUGUUGAGUUUAUUCCAUUGUUAUUGGAACAGAAAAUCAUCUUCAUCGCAUCAAGAAAUAUGUCCAGCCAUUCUCGUAAUCAUGGUCGCUCACGCACUGUUGAUAACUGUGCUGUCUGUGAGAAGCAGUCCAGACAUCUUUGCACAAGUCAUAAGAGAAUACACAACGAAAAAAAGCCUUAUGAAUGUGAUGUUUGUGGGAAAACAUUUCGACAGCCAUACACCUUAGUGAUCCAUAGAAGAACCCACACCGGGGAGAAACCAUAUCAAUGCGAUAUUUGUAACAAGAAAUUUGCACAAUCUGGCAACCUUGCAGUCCAUAAAAGAACUCACACUGGGGAGAAACCAUAUGAAUGUGAUGUUUGUAACAAGAGAUUUUCGGUAAUUGGAACUCUUGUUCUCCAUAAAAGAACUCACACUGGAGAGAAACCAUAUGAAUGCAAUAUUUGUAACAAGAAAUUUGCACAUUCUGGCAACCUUGUACUCCAUAAAAGAACUCACACUGGGGAGAAACCAUAUGAAUGUGAUGUAUGUAACAAGAGAUUUUCAGUAAAUGGAACUCUUGUACUCCAUGAAAGAAUUCACACUGGAGAGAAACCAUAUGAAUGCAAUAUUUGUAAGAAGGGAUUUGCACAAUCUAGCAACUUUAUAGCCCAUAAAAGAACUCACACUGGACAGAAACCAUUUGAAUGUGAUGUUUGUGACAAGAGUUUUGCAAAAUCUAGUAACCUUGCAGUCCAUAAAAGAACUCACAGUGGAUCUCAAUGUUAUAAGUGCAAUGUUUGUAAAGCCAGAUUUUCACACAAUGAUAGUCUUAGAGAGCACAAAAACAAGCACUUGCUGUGCAACAGUUGCAACAAGGAGAUUGUUCAACCACAAGAUUUGCUGGAACAUUUUGUAGAAGAUAAAAUUACUGGAAAGUUUAUUUGUAAUCUUUGUGAUCAAAAACAUCAAAAUUUCAGGCAAUUAGUGUCACAUAUAGCAAAGGAGCAUGACAAGGAUGGAAAAUAUCAGUGUGGUCUUUGUCAAGAACUUGAAUCAACAGAACCAACUGGUGUUGGAUACAUUUGUUGUGUGUGUGAUAAUGUGUUUGAUGUUGCUAGAGAUCUUGAGGAUCACAUGAGUGCACAUGCAGCAGACUAAAUAUUUCUGACUGAAUCUCUGAAUUUCUGACUUAAGAGUAAAUCUAACUGUCAAAUACUAAAAGUUGUGUUCAUAGUUUUGUUUUAUUUUGUUUGGUUUUGUUUUGUUCCAAUUCAGUUGGAUUUGCAUCAACUAUCAAAUUUUAUAACUACUAAUUUAAUUUUUAUAUGCCUAUUUAAUGAUGACACUUGGGUAUUGGGGAAUACGUACAGGGUGUAUAAAAAAAUGCAACCAUGCUAAUUAUUUGUUAGUGCUCAAUCUUUUGUCUUGGACAAUAGAAAACCACCUAGGCAAAUAUUUAUGAAUAUUAGGUGUUGUGUUCUUUUUGAUAACACC